GCUUAGCGAAUAGCCAUUACGGUGAUGAAGUCUUGGGGUCCCUUAGAGGCGACGUAUAUUAGCGUCAUACGUCCUUAACUAGGAAUAUACGAACUUGUGCACUUAUAUGCUCCUUCUCCUUCUCCUCCCUUUACACACGUAGACUCGUUUUAAAGCUAUGCGCCUCUCAGCCGUUGCUAGUUUUCGAUGAGCCUUUCUAGUUUGUCUUAAGAAUAUCCGAAGAAAAUUCGAAGCUUUCGCUGCGAAGCAUGCCUCAAUCCGUUGACCUCAGCGUGAAGUCAUCAAACCCACCAGCGCGACAAAACCCAGGUGCAGCCUGCGAAGAAUGCCGUCGCCGUAAAGUGCGCUGUGACCGGCAACAGCCCUCAUGUGGCCUUUGCCUAUCCUCAGGUGUGCAAUGCCAAGUCACAACGCCUCGUCCUCCUCGUGGGCCCAAACGAGGUUACUUGAAGGCCUUGCAAGCUCGAAUCGCUACUUUAGAAGGCACUCUGCUCCAGCAACAGCAACAUCAGCAGCAUACACAAAACAGCAAUAAAAAUGCAAUUUCAUUACCGCCCGAAGACAACUCCAUUGAGAAUCUCACAUUCACUGACCAUACCUCGUUACCUUGGGACUUCCCGAUUGCUCGAGAUGAGAACGCAACACUCCAUGACCUGUGUCAAGGAAUGACACCAGGCACAAGAUCGGGCACAUCUUCGUUAGAUGGGGGCUCCGUCCACACUUCUACUUCUCCUAUACAGGGGUUCGCGACCCCGACUGAUGGAAUGAAUUUCCCUGAUGCAGUAAUAAACCGGAAAAUCCCCGAGCUCGUGGACGGAUUAGAUGGCAGGAAUAUCUCAAAUUUGAUGCAAGCAGAUCUAGAUCAGCUAUACUUCGACAGAGUACAUACCUUCGCGCCCAUCAUACAUCAACGACGAUACUUCUCGUGGGCGCGUAGUAUAGCGAAAACGGAUGCUCGGGCAUGUUUACGGUAUGCCAUGUGGACUCUAGCUGCGUCAGUGUCAGCGCAUUACCAGAAUAUCGGAGAUUCAUUAUAUCACUACACCCGACGGGCUCUCGAGAGUCUUGACUCGAAAGGGACGGGCCUUAUGAUUACUGAAUUAGAGCAGGUACAAGCUUGGUUACUCCUGGCUGUCCACGAGUUCAUGUGUAUCGACUUCAGUAGGGGUUGGGUGAGCGCCGGCCGCGCGUUCAGACUGAUCCAACUCAAUUGGCUACAAUACUCGGAUGGGCCGGACAUAAGCCUAGGGCAGACGGAUUGGGUCGAUGCUGAGCAGAGGCGAAGGACUAUUUGGCUGGCUUACUGCCUAGAUCGUUUUGUGAGCGUCCGCAAUAAUUCUCCAAUAACAUUUAGCGAACAAAACCCGAUCCGCCUUCCAGCUCCAGAAACAGAUUUUCAAAAUGAGCAGCCUACUUCAAACGGCUUUCUUUCGGAUGCCGUAGCAUCCCGGGACUCCAUGUCUACAUCGGCAUUUACCGAAUGUAUCGUUGUAGCCACCGUCAUCGGCCGUGCAUUAUGUCACCGACAGCAGUCCAUGGUCGACACCUUAUAUCUCAACGAGUCAAGAGAUUUCUGGCAGCGACAGGAAUGGAUCAAUGCCACACUUACCCAGCGGAUGGGUGUGUUUUCGCUGAACUACCCCGUCGCCUUACAGGACGCAGAUCCGAUGUUACUUUUCAUCGGCAUGAUGUGGCACACAACGGUCCUUUACAUGUACCAGAUCUUGAAGUCCGUAAUACAUCCAACGGAGGAGAAGAUGACAGUCCUAGCCGAUUACACGAGACAGUCAACGAUGGCUGCCAAGGAAAUCGUAGGAUUGACUAACAAGUUAUCUCAGCUGAAUUCGUUCAAGGUGCAUCCUCUCACACCGAUACCGUUAUCACUAUGUGCAGAGUUUUUCGUCUCGUGCCAUGAGCUAGGGGAUACAUAUAACAAGCAACUUCAAAAUAUAAUAGAGGCCAUGCAUGGCUUAAUGAGUUUCAGCAACCUCACCCCUGGUCUCGGGGCUUACCCACGAUAGAGGGUGGGAUGCGAAGCAUCGAAGUCAAGCAUGUAUUCUUAUACCUACUAAGUACCUACCUAACAUAAGCUACUUUCUUUCAUCACCAACGGUUAUAAUAGUAUAUGGUCAGGUAGGGG